CCAAUGCUUCAAAAAAUUCUUAUACACUUGGGGAUUUUAAUCAGGGACCUGUUUUAUCAAAAGUGAUUCCUACCCCCGGAAAACUCCCUUCUUAUGACCUGGGGACAUGUGACAGCGGAGCGCCUGGUGUAUACUUCAAAGCAAAUGUAAGUUUAGCUUUGCAACGAGCUUGGUAAAUGAGGAAAUGGAGUCGAAAUUCAAUAACGAAAAGUGAAAUGAAUCCACUGGUAUUAACACCAUCCUUCACAGAAACGAAUAAAUGGCCAUAUUACCACUUCUGAAGAGGACACCAGUGGUACUAAUGGUGUUUCAUUGUCACUGUGGUGGUACUAGAUUUUAUAAUAAUGCAGAGUUGACGCGCUUCAUUUUAAUCAUAGCAUGCCAAUCCCAAUUUCAAGGGAGGCGCCACACAAUCUGCUUAAAAUUCAAAACCCAUCACUACACUGCUCGAUAUAUCUUCGACUAUUGCAGACCUGGGUUGCCAAGAUUGGGGUUUCGAAAGGUGAAGAAAUUUCCUCUCUCAAUACUUACAGAGGAUUUGCGUUUGCUGCUUGCCCAAAAUUUCAAAAUAACCUAAUCAAAAUGUAUGAUAAGUGCGGUAGGUUGGUAGAUGCACGUAAAGUGUUUGAAGAAAUCACAGAAAGAGACAUAUCAUCAUGGAAUACCCUAAUUGCAGCUUCCAGAAGACAUGGGUUUCCUCAUGAGGCAUUGGAACUGUUUAACGAAAUGCAAAGAACAGGCAUCCAACCUGAUAAGUUCACCUUUGCCAGUAUACUUCCAGCCUGUGCCAAAACAAGAGCUUUGGAUCAGGGUAUGAAUAUCCAUCAAAGCGUAGUGGAAAAGGGUUUUUUAUCAAAUGUUGUAGUUGCAACAGCCCUUGUAGACAUGUAUGCAAAAUGUGGAAGUAUACACAAGGCACGUGAAUUGUUUGAUAGAAUGCCAGAAAGAAAUUCGGUUUCGUGGAAUUCGAUGAUCUCUGGAUAUGCACAAAAUGGUAUUCUUGAUGAGGCUUUAAGGCUUUUCAACGAGAUGCCUCAACCAGAUGUCGUUUCAUGGACUGCAAUUGUUGCAGGAUAUGCGCAAAAUGGUGUUCUUGAUGAGGCUUUAAGGUUUUUCAAUGCAAUGCCUCAAAGAAAUGUGGUCUCAUGGAAUGCGAUGAUUGCAGGAUUUGCACAAAAUGGCGUUCUUGAUGAGGCUUUAAAGCUUUUCAAAGAAGCACCUCUAAGAAACGUAGUUUCGUGGACUGCAAUGGUUGCAGGAUAUGCUCAACAUGGUGUUCUUGAUGAGGCUUUAAGGUUUUUCGAAGAAAUGCCUCAAAAAAAUGUGAUCUCAUGGACUGCAAUUAUUGCAGGAUAUGCACAAAAUGGCUUUGUUGAAAAGGCCUUAGAAACUUUCAAACAAAUGCAAUUGGCAGGUGUACAGCCGAACUCCACAACCUUCGCAAGCAUCCUCCCAGCCUGUGCCAAAAUGGGAGAUUUGCAACGAGGUAUAGACAUCCAUCAAAGCAUAACAGAAAGGGGAUUGUCAUCAGAUGUUAUAGUUGCAAGUGCUCUGGUAGACAUGUAUGCCAAAUGUGGAAGCAUAGACAAGGCACGUGAACUAUUUGAUAACAUGCCUCAAAGAAAUGUGAUCUCAUGGAAUGCCAUGAUUACAGGAUACGCACAAAAUGGGUUUGUCGAAAAGGCAUUGGAAGCUUUUAAGCAAAUGCAAUUAGCAGAUGUAGAACCAUACUGUACAACCUUUGCUAGCAUCCUCCCAGCCUGUGCCAAAAUGGGAGCUUUGGAACAGGGUACGGAGAUACAUCAAAGCCUUAUUGAAAAAGGAUUUUUGUCAGAUGUUGUUGUUGUGAAUGCCCUGAUAGACAUGUAUGCAAAAUGUGGAUGCAUUCACAAGGCGCAUGAACUGUUUUGUAAAAUGUCCCAAAGAAAUGUCAUCUCAUGGAAUGCCAUGAUUGCAGGAUACGCACAAAAUGGCCUUGUUGAAAAGGCACUGGAAACUUUUAAGCAAAUGCCAUCGGAGGAUGUAAAGCCAGACUCCACAACCUUUGUCAGUAUCCUGCCAGCCUGUGCCAAAAUGGGAGCUUUGGAACAGGGUAUAGACAUCCAUCAAAGCAUAAUCGAAAGUGGAUUUUUGUCCGAUGUUGUAGUUGCAAGCGCCCUAGUAGACAUGUAUGCAAAAUGUGGAAGCAUACAUAAGGCACGCGAAUUGUUUGACAAAAUACCUCAGAGAAAUGUGAUCUCAUGGAAUGCCAUGAUUGCAGGAUAUGCACAUAAUGGAUUUUGCUUAGAAGCUCUUGAUCUCUUUGAAUUAAUGAAGCACUCGCCAACAUAUCCUGACAUUAUAAGCUUUGCUUGUGUCCUCUUUGCAUGCAGCCAUGGAGGUUUAGUGGACAGGGGCUGUACAUACUUCAAUGUCAUGAGUAACCAUUAUUACAUUACGCCUACAGUUGAUCAUUAUGUGUGCAUAGUUGACCUCCUUGCCCGUGCUGGCUAUCUUGAGGACACUCUAAAAUUUAUCUUUAAGAUGCCGGUUAAGCCUGUGGUGGUUGUUUGGACAUGUUUUCUUGGCGCUUGUAGAUCACAUAUGAAUAUAGGGUUGGGCGUAUUUACAGCAACUCUGCUUUUUGAUUUGGAUCCUAAAAAUGCUGCAACCUAUGUUCUUCUCUCAAACAUGUAUGCAGAAGUGGGCAGGUGGGGUGAGGUUCAAAUGAUAAGGAGAUUGAUGAAAGAUAGAGGAAUUGGAAAGAUGCCUGGAUGUAGUUGGAUUGAGUGUCAUAAAAUGGUACAUGCUUUUUGUGUAGGUGACAGAUCACACCCACAGACGCAGGAGAUUUAUGCAAAGUUGGAAGAAUUGUCUUGGGAGAUGAAGUUGGCAGGGUAUUUUCCAGAUUCAAGACUUUCACUUAAUGACGUGGAGGUGGAGGAAAAAGAAUUAUUUCUCUGCCACCAUAGCGAGAAAUUGGCAAUUGCAUUUGGUUUGUUAAACACACUCCCUGGAACAACCAUUAGAGUUGUUAAGAACCUUCGGGUAUGUGCUAAUUGUCAUACUGCAACAAAAUUUAUCUCCAAGAUUGUUGGAAGACAAAUUGUUGUGAGAGAUGCAAACAGGUUCCAUCAUUUUAAACAAGGACAAUGUUCUUGCGGAGAUUAUUGGUGAUGCUAAAUAAAGCAAUCUGUAAAAAUAGGUUUGUGCUGUAAUAAUGUGCACCGUAUCAGGCCUGCAGUUAUAAAGAAGGGUCAAGGAAACCUUUGCAUCUGAAAUGAAAAGCUGGAGGAGGUGGAGAAUGGGAAAAAGUAAAAGGAGAGGAUCACAUUAAGUAAAUGGAAAGAUGUUUGAAAAGCAGGAAAUGUGAGGUCUUACAAUCAACCCAACCUUGGAGAUGGGCAGGGAGAACUUUUCACUGUUGUGAUAAUGAAGGGGACCUGGAUGGAGAGAUUGAGGGGAAGGACCCAGGAUUAGUAGAGGUGGUGGGCGAUGCAGAGUCUUUUGGAACAAGGAUCACUGAAAAAUGUAACUUUAUGUCCAGGGGAUUGUGAGGCCUGUCUAAUUUGCCUCAACCCCUGUGAUCUUGCGAUACAGUUUUUUUGGACAACUAGUUGAUAAUUUACUAUGGUCGCAAGUAUAGAUUAUAUAUCAGGGAAGUAGAAGAUAGUGGCCUUUUGAUCCAACUUCUCAUUGAACCAUUUUGUGUUGGAUAUGUGAACAAUUU